AUGUCAAACGCUGGAACCACAGAUUUAAGUUGGUUACCUUCAGAUGCAGAUGAACAGUUAGCAUUAGGUUUUAAGAUAGUAACAAAUGCUUAUAAAACAAGAGUUAAUUCACAAGAGGCAGAAAUACGAUCUUUAAAAGGACAAUUAACAGAAAAACAUGAUCAGUUAUCAUCAAUUCAAAAAAAAUACAGUAAUCUUGAAGUUCAAUUAAUAGAAGCAACACAAAGAGGAAAUCAAUUAGCUGAUGAAAAUAAACAGUUAAUAAAUACCAUUAAAAAAUUGAAUAGAGAUAUUGAUAGACUAGAAAAUCUGAAGAAAGCAGUUCUUAAUUCUAUUCAAGAAGAACAUGAAGUAGAAGAUGCACAUAAAUAUUAUUCUGCUGAUGAUAUGUUACAAACAACAGCACCGAGAACUAUGUUAGAAAUUAACGGAAACGAAGAUGCUUGCCAAAGUAUUAUAAAUAAAAUAGUUAAUUCUGAUACACAAAAUAUUAUAAAUGGAAGUUUUAAUACACCUUAUUUGGGAAAUGUAUCUUUAAAUGAAAAAAAUACAGAUGGUAGAGCUUUUUUUCGUAAUGCUAGGAGUCGUUUAACUUAUGAACAAUUUAAUCAAUUUUUAAGCAAUAUAAAAAAACUUAAUAAUCAUCAACAAAAGAGAGAAGAAACAUUAAAAAAGGCUCAAGUAAUAUUUGGUGAAAGUAAUUCAGAUUUAUAUGAAGAAUUUAAAGUACUUAUAUCAAAACAUUCUUAA